CCGGCUCCGGCGGAGACCGACGCGCGGGAGGCGGCGCACGGGGCCCGGGCUGGAGGGAGGGUGCGCCGGAGGGAGCCUCCCGGGCGCCGCGGGGAGCAGGGCUUCCCUCCACCGAGCUGGCCUGCCAGCUCCCGCCUCCUCCAGGCCCUGCUCCGUCCCUGCUCUGGGCCACCCUGCGGCACUGAGACAGGGACUGAGGCUGCAGGCAGGAUCUGGUCUUGCGGUGGAGGCUGCCAGCACCAGGCCCUGGAGGUGUCCUAAGGACGGUGCAUGCGCUGAGUUGGGCGCAGACAGCCCGGAGGAGGCCGACAUCUCAGAGCAGCCUGCGCGAGAGGUCCGCCUCCAGCUUUUCUGAGCCUCGUACCACGCCGUGAGAUGCCAUCUGCAAAGGCAGAGCUGUUAGCCAGCAGGACUGCCCCAUGCCUUGCACACCCCAAGGCUGGGACUUGGGGCCCUUUGCAACAAAGCUGUCUCUGCCAUCAGGUCCCGACUCCUGUGCCUCUCCAGGAUGCCCCACUGCAAAGCCACCUUCAUCCAUACCAAGGCCCUGACUGGGAGCUUGUGCUGUGUCCUGCCUCAGAGUGAAGAUGUGACAGAAGAGCUGAGCGAGGAGGAGAGCAGGAUUGUGUGGAGAGCCCAGCAGGCGGCCCUGGCGGUGCUGGAGGACACGCUGAGGAAGGACUGGGUCCUGAUAAAAAACCUCAAGGAUGUGGUCGUGCUGGACAGGGGGAGCAAGGGAGACAGCUGCGGGGUGGAGCACUAUGCCAUGCUCACGGAGAGGCUCCUCCGGCAGCUCAUCUCACAGCUCGAGCAGGUGGCCUUCCAGAAGAACUCCUGCAAGGCCAGGUCCUAUGCCUAUGUGAAGAAAAACACCCCAGACCAAACCAUUUACCUGUGUCCACUCUUCUGGCAGGCCCCCAGGGAGUUUGAGAAAGACUCGCAGCCAGGGACACUCAUCCACGAAGCCUCUCACUUCCUGGGCUUGCACGACAUCACCUACAUGACAGCCAGCUUCCGGGUGGGUGAUGGAGGUGCCGUCAUAUGGACCGACUCGCACACGCCUGCCUUUGAGUCCCUCCGGAAGGCGCUGCUGAACGCCAACAACAUCGAGUAUGAGUUUGAGAUCGUGCUGAAGCACCGUGAGCCCUACCAGGGCAACCGCUAUGCCUGCUGCGGGGAGACAGCGAGGAACUCCAUCUGUGGGAACGCUGUGCCCCGGGGCGGCCUCUCCUCCAGGCCCACAGAGAGCUCAGCAGUGAGGAGGAACACCAUCGGGGACACAGUGAGGCGGUCGCUGCUGCCAGCCAGGAAUGCCAUGAGGAAAUGCUUAUCUGACAUCUGGAAAGUGGCGGAGGCUGUGGACAAGUGUCACGGAGGAGCAACGGUAGCGAACAUCGCUGGUGGGGCGGUGGGCAUGGCGGGGGGGGUAGCAGCUAUGGCUGGGCUGCUGCUGGCCCCCACCAUGCUGGGCACUUCACUGGUCCUGUCUGCAGUGGGGUUUGGCAUUUCGACAAUCGGGGGGCUCACUAGCGCCGCUGCUACCGUCAGCGACAGUGCGAACAGUCUCAUCAAGAACAGCGAGGUGGAAGCGCUCAUGGAGCAGUUUCAGAGGCAGGUAGAAAUGUUCACCGGCAACCUGGAGCCCUUCAAGAGGGCGAGAGGGCUGCUGGAGUUUCUUGGGCAGGACGAGACUAUGGAUGUCAUCCUGGGGGUGUUUCGGGUGGUGGGAGGGCUCGGCCGCAGCAUCUUCAACGUCACCAGCAUGGUGAAGGCCAGCACGAUGCUGGCCAGGACCAGCCACGCCAUCAGGUUUGCAGGGACAACUACCCACGUCCUCGUGGGCCUGUCCCUGGCCCUAGAUCUGUUCUUCAUCACCAAGGACUCAGUUCACUUCCACCAUGGAGCACAGUCAGAGCUGUCAAAGAGCAUCUGCGCAGCAGCUGCUACGUUAGAAAGAGAAUUCAACAUCAUUGAUGAAUUCUGUGAGAAAAUAAACAUGAUUUUAGAGCAGCAGGAAUGAAGAAUUGCAGAAAGAAGGCCAUCAGAGAUGGCUUGUCAAGGGUCCCCAGGACUUCAGGGCAAAGUGGGCCCACUGAGGCCUUCAGGAUAUGCCCAUGCUGUGAAUAAGGUGAUUUGCCAGAGCCCUGAAAUAGCUCUUUCUAUGUGACCUAGCAAAGAUUUUAAAUAAAGUUACUUUCAUCU